AUGUCGUUCACUCUAACGCUCCGCGCAGGCCCCGCCCGCCUAGCGUCGCGGCUGCCGCAGAUCGUGAAAACCUCCACCACCAGCCCUUCGACCGCAAUCCGCGCCUUCCACAACGCAACGCCUAAGAAUGCCUUCUUCACGGCGCGCACAGCGUCGCUCGCCGCUCGCACAAACACAAAGACAUCAAGCAGUAGCAACGUGCUGGCGCGCGUGAAAGGCGCCGCGCGCAGCUACCAACAGCAGGCGUACGCAGACCCGGCGGCGCGGCGCGGCGAGCUGAUCCGCAAGCUGGUUGUCGGCGGCGCCAUCUUCGGCGGCACGCUGGUGGCGGUUAACGUCAUGUUCAACCGUGAGACGCGCGAAGACGGCGGCAUGCCGCUGUUCGAGCGCCAGUACCUCAACAACACGUUCCUGCACACGGGCCUCGGCGUCGGCAUCAUCGGCGUGUCGGCCUACCGCAUGGUCACGUCGGGCUUCGUCUACCGCCUGAUGGCCACUAACCCCUGGGCCAUUGGCAUUGGCGGCAUUGCCCUCAGCAUUGGCAGCAUGAUUGCCACGCGGUCCAUUGACCCCGACAACUAUGUUCCCAAGUAUGCCUUCUGGACGGCCUUCAACGUGACCCAAGCCGCCAUUGUCGCCCCCCUCAUGGCGAUGGCUGCUCCCGCUCUUCUCGCUCGCGCCGGCCUGUACACGGUCGCCAUGAUGGGCGCUAUCUCAUUCGUUGGUGCCACCGCCAAGCAGGAGAAGUACCUUUACAUUGGUGGUCCUCUGCUCGCUGGUGCCGCAAUCGUUGCCGUGUCUGGCUUCGCGCCUCUGAUUAUCCCGGCCACGGCCAUCCGCACCCUGGCCCUUACCGAGAACCUCUGGUUGUAUGGUGGUCUCGCCGUGUUUGGCGGCUUCACGCUCUACGACGUGCAGAAGGUAUUGCACCAUGCUCGCCUCGCGGAGCGCGGACUGAUCAAGAGGGAUCCCGUGAACGAGAGCAUCAGCCUUGAGCUGGACUUUCUGAACAUCUGGGUUCGCAUGGUGCAGAUCUUGAUGAUGCAGCAAAGGAGGAAGUAG